CACGCCCCCCAACCACAGGCCGCCAACCUCCUGUUGACAGCUGCUCUCUUCAGUGCCUCAGUCCUCGUGUUGGUUGUCGUUACGGUAACACUUACGCCCCUCCCGACCACUCAGCAUGCCGGAAAUCAGCCCCAUGGAUCCCAACUCGUACUCAAGGCCAGACCAGGUGGUGGUGAAGGAGCUCCACCUUGACUGGCAGGUGGACUUUACGCGACAGGUGGUGGCCGGCUUUGUGCUGCUGACAGUGGAGUGUGUGCAGGAGGGACAUGACCUGAUCCUGGACACCCGCGACCUAGUCAUCAAGAGUGUGCAGGACACCGCCUCCAGCAAGGACCUCACCUACACCCUGGGGGAGGCACACCCUAAUUUUGGGGCCCCUCUCUCCAUCACCCUGCCAGAGUCUGGGAAGAAAACGUGGAAGAUAAAGGUGAACUAUGAGACAUCACCCACAUGCUCCGCCCUCCAGUGGCUCUCCCCGGAACAGACAGCAGGCAAGAGGCACCCCUAUGUCUUCUCCCAGUGCCAAGCCAUUCACUGCCGCUCUCUUGUUCCAUGCCAGGACACCCCAGCAGUGAAAGUGAAAUACACUGCAGAGGUGAGGGCACCACAGGGCCUCACUGUGCUGAUGAGUGCACUGAGGGAGGGCCAGCAGGAGGGAGAGGCACACACUACCUUCAAGUUCAGCCAGCCUGUGCCCAUCCCGGCCUAUCUGUUGGCGGUUGCGGUGGGGGACCUGGAGAGCAGGGAGGUGGGGCCGCGUUCACUUGUGUGGUCCGAGAAGGAGUUUGUGGACCAGGCGGCACAUGAGUUUGCUGAGACAGAGGUGAUGCUGAAGGCCGCAGAGGAGGUGUGUGGACCGUACGUGUGGGGGCAGUACGACCUGCUCAUCUUGCCCCCCAGCUUCCCCUACGGUGGCAUGGAGAACCCCUGCCUCACCUUUGUCACCCCUACGCUGCUGGCGGGUGACAGAUCCUUAGCUGAUGUUGUCAUCCACGAGAUCAGCCACUCCUGGACGGGCAACCUGGUCACCAACAGCCAAUGGGAGCACUUCUGGCUCAAUGAGGGUUUCACCAUGUUUGUGGAGCGCAAGAUUAUUAGCCGGCUCAGCGGGGAGGAGGCGCGCCACUUCUCAGCCAUAGGGGGCUGGAAGGACCUGGCUGAUUGUAUCCGGACCAGAGGGGAGACAGACCCCCUCACCCAACUAGUGCCUGACCUGAAUGGCAUUGACCCAGACGAUGCCUUCUCCACAGUGCCGUACGAGAAGGGCCACACCCUCCUGUGGCACCUGGAGACACUGCUAGGGGGGCCAGCCCAGUUUGAACCAUUCCUGAAGGCAUACCUGGACAAGUUCAAGUACUCCUCCCUCAAGUCGGGCCAGUUUGUGGAGUUCCUGCAGGAGUACUUCAAGGGACAAGCAGAGGUGCUGCAGCAGGUGGACUGGCAGGCUUGGUGGACCACUCCUGGCAUGCCCAUUGUCACCCCUAAGUUCAAUGACGCCCUGGCCAUCCCAUGCACUGCGCUGGCCCGUCGCUGGGUGGAAUGGGACCCCGUCACCACCAAGAACCCCUUCACCAAGGAGGACCUGCAGGCCUUGUCCCCCAUACAGGUGCGAGCAUUCCUGGCACAGCUGCUGGAGGAGGCACCCUUGACCAGUGAGAAGGUGUGCCACAUGGAGGAGGCCUAUGGAAUGUCCAGUAGGCUCAACUCAGAGAUCAGGUUCCGAUGGCUGCGUCUGUGUCUGAGGGCCAAGUGGGAUGAGUGUGUCGAUGCCGCCCUGCAGUUCAUUACAGAGCAGGGACGCAUGAAGUUUGUGCGCCCCAUCUACAGGGACCUGUACGCGUGGGAGGAGAUGCGGCCCCGUGCUGUGGCCACCUUUGAGAAGAACAGGUCGGCUAUGAUGCACGUAGCCGCGUAUGUUGUGGCCAAGGACCUCCACCUCAGGGAGUGAUGGUGACGAUGAUGGUGAUGGUGGUGGUGAUGGUGGUGAUGGUGACCAGUGACUCCAGAUAUUGCUUCUAUUUGGCACUCCCCCCCCUCUUUUUUAUUUUUAUUUUUUAUUUAUUUUAUUUUUUCUCUUAUCUAAAGUUAAUCCUUGAUCUUCUUUUAUGUGAAUCUACUACUCUUCAAAACUUGCUCCUUUAUUCCUCUCCUUUUUUUGGAUUACGUUUUAUUCACUAAAAAAAAUUUUUCCGUGUCGUACUCUUAAUCUUUUUCCUACUCUCUAAUAUCCAAGCUUUGUUUACCUCAAGAUCACUCCCUCCUUCCUGUAUCUACUUGCUUUCUCAUCCUACUCCUCCUGUUCCUGUGUUUGUGACGCUCUUGCUCCAUUUACUUAAAGCAUAUUCCAGAAUCACUUUUUCGCUCCUUAUUCUUGUUCUCUAUUUCACUCACUUCUCAGACCUCUCUUCUUCCUAUUCCCAAUUCCCAUCUUUAUGUACUUCCACAGCCUAUUCAGAGCCUAUUCCUGUGUUCUGUAGGUCACAGAAGAGCAUAAUUUUAGUUAUUUUAACCUAUCAUUGUCUUGUCAUAUUUUUAGUUUCUGUGAUGUUUGAACUUUGAAUAGUUAUUGACAGACAGACAGACAGAUAGAGCCAUAUUUGCAUCCAGCCUUGCUUUGCCUCGUAAGACUGACAGACAGACGGACAGGAGUGCUUUGUAUUAACAGGGCAGGAUGUGUGCUAAAUAUUUAUGCUGCUUGUAUGGGUAUUAUGUAUAGGUAUUAUGUAUGGGUUAGUGUAUUUUGGUGGGUAUUUGUAUUGCCAUUAUGGGGUUUUUUAUAUAUAUAUGUAUAUGGGGAAGAGUGACAGAGAAAGAGAGAGAGCAUUUUUUUUUACCCAUUAAUCAGUAUGCACUUGUAAUUAUUUUUAAGGCUAAUUGAAUGCUCACAUAUAAAUGAUGUCUUGGGAAAUAUUAUUACAUUGUUUUA